AUAUUUUCUCCCUCAGAUUCCGCACAAAAUUCUCUCUGCUCCAAAAUUUACUCCGCCUCUCAAAAAUUGAACCCAAAAAUAAAAAAUAAAAAAUAAAAAGACAAACUGUUGAGUUUCUAACUCUCAACUGCUCUGGAAAUUUCACUGCUCACCCACAAAAAGACCGUCGCUUUCUUACAUUUGCCCAAGAAAGUCGAACUCCAGAGCUUCGAACACUCCAGCUUAAGGUGAGUACUGACUAUCUUAAGCGCUUUUAUGCUCGAUUCUGAUGUUUUCUUGAUCUGGGUCUAUCAAAUUUAAGCUGCUUUAGGCUGUUGGUGAUUUGGGUUAGGCUUGAAUUCCGUUCGAUGCCACACAAUCUGGUUUUGGGGUUAAGAUUGAGGUUAUUUUCUUAGGAAAGUUGGUAUAUAUAUAUAUAUAUAUUUCUUUUUUUUGGCCCAAUGAUGCCGCCAAGAAGAAAGAAAUGGACGGAGGUGGAAGAGAAAACCCUGAUCGACAAGUAUGGAGAGAUGGUUUCCGAUGGGACCCUUUUGAAAAUGAAAACCCGUGAGAAGAAGUUCAAACCCAUUGCUUCUUAUGUGAACUCUGUGCACCAUGCUCAAGAUCCUAUUGCCUAUCCAUGGCAAUGGUCUUGGAAGGAUGUUUCCACUAAGGUUCAGAACAUGAGGCAUCAGUAUUUACUUGUCAAGCAGAAGAUUAAGAAACAGCCUGAAUGUAACUCUGGAGGUGGUGGUGGUGGUAGUGGUAGUGGUGGGGAGUGUAGCGUUGAGGAAUUUGAUUGGAUGGAGGGACUUAGCCAUUGGUCAAAUUUCUUGAGGUACAAGGAGGUUUUUGGGGAUGUUGGGAUGGUGAAUAAUAAUGGCAAUGAUUUGACGGCAGUUGUGAAUGGGGAUGGUGAGAAUGGUGGGGGUUUUGUGGGUGGCAGUAGGGGAAUUGAGCUUGUGGAGUUUGAGCAAAUGGGUCAUUCGGGUGAUGGGGAUUUCGGAGUGGGGAUUGAUGGAGUCGAGAAUGGGGUAAUCGGCUUGGGUUUUGAGUAUGAUGGGGAGGAGGCUGAGGAGACUUAUAAUGGUAAUGGUCGGGUGAGGGAGGAUGGAGAUGAUGGCUUUGUUUAUGAAGAAGUUGAGCCAAAUGGGUCUAGUCUGAAGAAGAAAAAGAAGAAGAAGGUGUUGAAGGGAAUGGGGAAGAAGGCAUGGGGGUUUCUUGGUAACCAGCUCUCUAAGUUGAGGGAAAUGGAGGUCCGACUUGAGCAACGUGAGGUGGAAAGAGAACGGGAAAGGCAAAGAAGGGAGAGUCUUAGAUUGGAACGUGAGCGAGAAUGGGAAAGGAAAUGGGAGGAGAGGGAAAAGGAAAGGGAGGAGAAGGGGAAGUCUAGGGAAAAGUUGAGGUUGCAAAGGAUUCGAGAGUGGGAAGUUAUGGACAAGGAGACCGAAGAGAGGGAAAGAAGAAGAAGAAGAGAAGAGGAGUUGAUUCGUGAAAGGGAAUGGGAGGAAAGAAUGAACAGGAGGAGAUUAGAGUGGAAGAAGAGGAUAGACGAGAUGUUGAAUCAGCACCGUGAAGAAAUGGGUCAGAUGCAAACUCGCAUCCUCCAUGAGCAACAAAACCUUACCAACCAGUUACUUGGAAUUGUGUCUCAGUGGACUACUCAUCCAGCUGGACUUUCUGAUCAUACCGGUGCUAAUAACCAUUACAUCUCACAAAUGAUGCAGAAUUUGCACCAUGUGAACAGUUUGGUUCAUGGUGAUGCUAGGGUUGAAGGAGAAAAUCAAGAUGACCAAUUCAUUGUUGAUGCAUGAUGACUUUUACUGAGACAUUGUUUUCUGCUCGCAUGUUCAAGAAUAUUUUGGAGGGGAGAAUUUGGAGUUCAGCAGAUUGUUGAAUGCACUCUUAACGUAUUUUCUUUAAAUAGGUAUGCAUGUAUACAAAUAUGUUUAAUUGCAAUUCUAGUUAAUAAUAGAUCGGUAUUCAUCUAUUUCCAAUUUUUUUGUAACUAUGUUGUUUAAUAUGAAUAAAGGUUGUUUUUCUUGGUAAUACAA